GAAAAUUACAAAUUAAAAAUUUUCAAAAAAAAAAAAAUAGAUUAAAAAAAUAAGUAACACUUAGUUAAAAUGGAAUUUUAAAAUUUAGGAAAGGUUUGCUCUAUACUUCAUUGCAAAUAAAAAGAUUUUCUACCUUAUAAAUGUAGUUGCUGUGAAAGAACUUAUUGCCAAGAUCACUUUAGAUAAGAAGCUCACGAUUGCAACUAAUCAGACAGAUAUGCAAAAAAAGCAAUUGUUUGCCCAUUCUGUUUAUAAACUAUAAAGUAUAAUGGAUCUCAUACCGAAACUGAAGCAUUAGAUAUACAUUAGGCUACAGAUUGUGAUUAAAAAAAUAGAGACAAGAUUCUGAAAGAGAAAGAAAAAAUAUUUUGCGAAUCAGGUAAAAAAUGCAAGCAAGCUCUUACUGAUCUUAAUACUUUUGUCUGUAAAUUAUGUGAUAGACAAUUGUGCUUAAAACAUAGAAUACCUGAAGAACACGUUUGCUAGAGAAUUAAAAGAGAUCCUAAUCAAAAAAAGAUAGUUUAAGUUGAAUAAAGGCUUGAGCAAAUUCGUUUAGAUCAAUAAGUAAAAGAAAAUCCAAGCGUUUUAGGUGGAGCUAUUAAUUAAAGGAGAGAAUAUAAUGUAAAUUCUUAUCAAUAAUAAACAAACCAAUAGUAUCAAAACUAAGCAAACCAUUCACAAUAAUCUUAGUAAGACUAGCUAAAUCAGCGCAGACAAAUGAUGUAAAUGAGAGCUUAAUAAUAGUAGCAAUAGCAAUAAAGUAAUUUAAACUAAAAUCAAAAUCAAUAAAGCUAAUAAAUCUAGCAGCAAAAUAUAGGAUAUUGGAAUGCAAUUCAUUCAUAAAAUGUUUAGCAAUAAAUUUAAUAACCAUAAGUAACCUAAUAAUAACAAUAAUAACUCUAAACAAAUCAAGUAAAUCAAAGAAUUUAGCCUUCAAAUUAUAGAGAACCUUAGAGAGAGAUAUGUAAUGUCUGUGGAAGAAGUUUUGAAACUAUAGUAGAAUUGCUUUCUCAUGCAGAGUAAGCUCACUAACCUUAGUAAAAUAAUUCAGGUAAUUAAGCUUCUUAAUAACAAAACACCACUACGAACAAUAAUAAUUAAAACAAUUCAAAUUUAGCAAAAGAAGUUUGUGAUGUUUGUGGAAAGAGUUUUAAUGGGUUUGAAGAGCUUAUAGCUCAUGCAGAAAAAACACAUUUUGUUGAAACUAAUUGA